UUUCUGAGAGGUCCAAUCGACACUCAUUUUUUUUUCUCUCAUUUUCUUUUUAUUUUAUUCAUUUUUCUCUCACUCAAAGCUUACUAAUAUGAGCAGAUUGCUAUUCUCAUACUACUACCUGUUAUGAAUCUCAACGUGGAGCCACCACAACCGCCUCAGCCCCACCGUCCCUCCACCUCCUGCGACCGCCACCCUCAAGAGCAGUUCACCGGCUUUUGCCCUUCAUGCCUCUGCGAACGCCUCGCUGUUCUCGACCCUUCUUCUUCUGCUUCUGCUGCCGGGCCUUCUUCUCGGAAACCUCCCAUUGCCGCCACUACUUCCACCGCCACCGCUGCACUUAAAGCCAUCUUCAAGCCUUCCGGAGGAAGCGGUACGCGACCCGGGUUUUUCCCCGAGCUCCGACGGACGAAGUCGUUCUCGGCCUCGAAAAACGAGGGGUUCUCCGGCGUUUUUGAGCCUCAGAGGAAAUCUUGCGACGUUAGGGUUCGGAACACGCUUUGGUCACACUUUCAUCAAGAAGCAACUGCGAACGGAAAACUUCCCGGAGAAGCGGAGCCUCGGAAUUCGGCUUCUUCUUCGAGUGUAGUUCAAGGCCCUGUUUUUGAAAGCAAAGAAGAAGAACAGAGUGAGAGUGAAACCGACAUUGAGAUCAUAGAAAUAGAACCACCACCCAAUUUGUCUGCUCCUACGGCGGAUUUAAUAGAAGAGAAAGUUGAAGAAAUUGUGGAAGAAUACGAAGAGGAACCGUGUCAAGAAGAGGAGCUUAAGCCCAUGAAAGACCAUAUAGAUCUUGAUUCGCAAACGAAGAAGGCUUCCGGCCGAGAUUUCAAAGAGAUUGCCGGGAGUUUCUGGUCGGCUGCUUCAGUUUUCAGCAAGAAAUUACAGAAAUGGAGGCAGAAGCAGAAGCUUAAAAAGAGGAGAAAUGGAUGUGGGUCGGCGAGAUUGCCGGUGGAGAAGCCAUUAGGGAGACAAUACAGAGAAACCCAGUCGGAAAUCGCCGAUUACGGGUUCGGGAGACGGUCAUGUGACACGGAUCCAAGGUUUUCCCUUGAUGCAGCCAGGAUGUCCUUUGAUGCAGCAAGGAUGUCAUUUGAUGAUCCGAGGUAUUCCUUCGAUGAACCAAGAGCUUCAUGGGAUGGAUAUAUGAUAGGUAGAAUGUUUCCAAGGAUGCCCACAAUGGUUUCCGUUGUGGAAGAUGCUCCUGUUCGUCAUGUUAUCCGGUCCGAUACUCAGAUCCCCGUGGAGGAUCCGACGGCUAUGAAUUCCAUCAUUGAGGACGAAUCUCUCCCCGGAGGUUCAGCGCAGACGAGGGAUUAUUACUCCGAUUCUCGGAGACGAAAAAGUCUUGAUAGGUCCAGUUCUUGUAGGAGGGCUGCUGCUGCUGUAGUAGCAGAGAUGGAUGAAAUGAAACCAGUUUCAAACACAAAGGUUUCUCCUUCAACUGUUGAUUACUUCCAUGGACCUAAACUUGUCGUGCCGGAUAGGGAUUCAAACUCGAAUUUGUUGAGAGAUGAUUAUUCAGACACUUUCGAGAUCGGUUUAAGAGAUACUGCAUCUGUGAUUGGUAAUGUAGAACAAAAAGAGUCUUCAAAGAAGUCGCGCCGGUGGGGUAAAGCUUGGAACAUUUGGGGUUUAAUUAACCGGAGGAGUGUUAACAAAGAUGAAGAUGAAGAUAGGUAUGGUAGAGGUAAUGGUGUGGAGCGGUCGUAUUCGGAAUCUUGGCCCGAGUUCAGAGGUGAAAGGAAUGGAGAUGUGAGAGGAGGGUUUAAUCCAAAGGUAUUGAGGAGCAAUAGCAGCGUAAGCUGGAGGAGUUCGAACGGUUUCGGCGGAGGAUCCUUCACUGCUGCAAGGAAGAGCUGCGAUGUCGAGUUAAACGGGCAUAGCAAGAAGAAAAAAGAUGAGUUUGUGAUGGAAAGGAACAUGAGUGCAAGAUAUUCAACAAGUAACAUUGAUAAUGGACUGUUAAGGCUCUACAUGGCACCAAACGGCAGCAGCCGGAGAGGCGAGUCGGGCAAAACCAGGGCAAGCCAUGCACAGUCUAUCGCCAGGACCUUACUGAGGUUGUACUAAAUUCAAGAUUCAUAUGUUGUUUUUCCUUUUGGUUUAAGGUUUUGUUGCAUUUUGUUAUGUAACCACACAUGCCUUUGUAUUUUGCUGGUUGGUUAGAUGAAACAAAAGCAUUCUG